GAGACCAUAGCUGGCGACGAAACCAGCGAGAGCGAGGCCGAAGAAGACGCUGCAGAUCGAAAGGAGUCGCGGCGACAGCGCAAGCGCAAUCGCAUGUCGGUGGCCGAGCUCAAGCAGGCGGCGGCGCGGCCUGAGGUUGUUGAAUGGACAGAUAUCAGUGCGCGCGACCCGCAUCUGCUGGUGGCAUUAAAGGCGCUGCGCAACACGGUUCCCGUGCCCGUGCACUGGGCGCAGAAGAAAAAGUAUCUGCAGUACAAGCGCGGCAUGGAGAAGCCGCCGUUCGAGCUGCCAGACUUCAUCAAGGCCACAGGGAUCAUGGAGAUGCGCGAUGCGGCCAAGGAAAAGGAGGAUGAGAAAACGGCGGGCGCCAGGGCGCGCGAGCGGAUUCAGCCGAAAAUGCACAAGCUGACGCUGGAUUACCAGCGUCUCCACGACGCUUUUUUCAGGUUCCAGACGCCACCCAAGAACAUGACUGGGCAUGGCGACUUGUUUUACGAAGGGAAGGAGUCAGACACCUCGUAUAGUUUUACGCCUGGGACGCUGUCAGAUGGGCUGAGGCAGGCACUUAAUGUGCCGCCGCUGGCACCACCGCCAUGGCUGAUCAAUAUGCAGAGGUUUGGUCCGCCGCCGUCCUACCCGAACCUGGUAAUCCCUGGUCUCAAUGCGCCAAUUCCACAGGGUGCCCAGUGGGGCUACCACCCGGGCGGCUGGGGCAGGCCGCCUGUAGACGAGUUUGGUCGGCCGCUA